AUGGCCACUAGGGGGCGUCAGGCGGUGGUUCCUCUGCUGCCGGAGCCUCAGACGGUGACAGAGCGUGGCCAGCAGCUGCAGCGACGGGAGGAGGAGGAGGAGGAGGAGGAGGAGGAGGAGGAGGAGGAGGAGGAGGAGGAGGAGGAGGGAUGGGAGGUGGGGGGGGAGGAGGAGGGGAGGGGGAGGGAGGAGGAGGAGGGGGAGGGAGGAGGAAGGAGGGUGACGCAGAGCCAAUGGCAGCUUCUGUCGUUACGAUGUGGCUCUGCGGAAGUGACCGUCUGUGGUUCAGGAGGCUGCAAGAAAUCAUGGAGGAGCACACUGAAGCGCACGCUUACAAACCACUGCUUAGUCAAGAGUCCCUAA